GUCCGGACUCGCUCCUCAAAGAUAUUAGGGCAUAAGUUGUGGGGUUGCUUACUCUGCAGUACGUGGUGGCGCAGCGCCAUUGGGUAUUCGACCUUAGCGUCAAACAGGGUCAGUGAAAGGUCGGUCAAGCUAGUAUAUACGACUUGGCGACUGUGGGCCGAGGGCUUUGCCAUCUCUCUCGUGCAAUGGAUGCCUUUAAUGCAAGGAGCUGGACUUUCUGGAUGGGUAGACUCCCUUGCUGCCUCCUCUCCUGCUUCCUGAUUUUUCUGCAGUCAGCCGUGCUCCUUGCCGGGUUUAGUGUGGCUACUGACAACGGCAAAGUGAUCAUCCUGGAGGAUAGUGUGAUUGGAAAUAUUGGCUCUUUGGAAGCUCAAGCAGUCAUCAAGGCUGGCUUCACUCCUGACAUUGUCAAUGCCACAGUAUGGGCCACCAUGACAACUGCACAAUUUGAGGCCUACCGUGGAAUCUUGAUUGGAGAUCCAGGAUGUUCUUUGCUUGCAAAAGCUGCCGACUUUCCCCUAUAUUUCAACUAUGGGGAGGCGGCCAUAAACAACGCACCCACCUGGAUCGCUGCUGUCACUGGAAAUAUCCUCAUUGUUGGGACAGACCCAGCCUACCAUUACAAUGAGGGCAGGACAGGAGCCAAAGUCCUGAUUGAGAGUGGCGUUGCCUUUGCAAUAUCCAGCUCAAUGGGAACGGGGGCCUAUAUCUGCCUGUCCUGCUCUGGGGGUGCAGGUCCUGAUUAUGAGAGUUGGCUGAGCAACUUUGGAGGCACGUGGAAGCUCCGUCAGCCAGACUGUGACUCCACAAUCACAAUAUUGGCCACUCAUCCAGCCCUUUCCAACCUCACAAGCGCCGACCUAUCCGACUGGCAGUGCUCCUCCCACGAGACCUUCGAAUCCUUCAACACAGAAAGGUUCUUGCCACUGGCAAAAGCCAGCGACAAUGAUCUGCCCUACAUUGUUGCCAGUGGACAAAAUCUCGCUGCAAUCAGUCCCCCGUUUCCACCUCAACUCCAGCCCCCUCCACCUUACCCCCCACUCUUCAAUCCUCCACCACUUGGCUCUUUCCCUCCUGCAAGUUUACCCCCUCCGUCUACCACCUCUGCCUCGAGUACGAAUGCUCUUGAGCGUUGCAACGUCCCCUGUGACCCUUACUCCAGCCUUCCUAACCGCUGCUGUGAUGCUGAGGGCCUUCUUGGCAUAUGCUGCCCUGGCGCUUGUGGAAAUACGGUGGCCUUAUCAGGAGGGGGGUCAGUUGCUACUUGUUUGGGCCCUGGUGGGGCCUCCCCUAUCAAUUAUCCUUCGACAAGUCCAAGCAUUCCGCCACUAAACCCGACAGAGUCCCCUUCCCCAAGCGGGACGCCUGCUCCAACAGUGAGGAGUGAACUCCAGCGCUGCAGUGAUCUGUGCCCUGACGCCAAUUUCCCUAAUCGUUGUUGCGAUGCCGUUGGACUCUCAGCUGUAUGCUGCCCCGCCCAAUGCGGUGAUAUCGUCUCUUUGCCGGGAGGAGGGUCCGUUGCAACGUGCCAGGGCUUGGGAGGGACCGUCCCAACCUUGACAUCCCAACCACUUAUACCGACUCCUUCGAACACCCGUGGCACAGAUGGGCCAAUUCUUUUUCCAUUUCAAUUUUGCGACCCAGAUUCCGACUUUCCAAAUCGGUGCUAUAACGUAGACGGCUCCAGCUUUACCUGUUGUGGCCAGGAAAGCUGCCGCACAGGUCCCGCCAGUGCUAUUCCUCUCUGCGCUAACGGCCUUCCCGGAUCCAACUUCCAGCACUUCGAAUCCCACGCCAAGCCCCCCGAGCCCAGUCCCAAGCACCCCGAGCCCCACGACCAGCACCCCGAGUCCGACCUCAAGCACCCCGAGCCCACUUCCGAGCACAACAGCCCCCAUUACAAGCACACCGACCCCUUCUCCGAGGACUACUUCGAGCACUCCGAGCCCAACGCCAGGCACAACAGCCCCCACUACCAGCACACCGACCCCUUCUCUGAGCACUCCGAGCCCAUCGCCGAGCACACCAAGCCCGGCCACAGGCACUCCGAGCCCAGUCCCAAGCACCCCAAGCGCCACGACCAGCACACCGAGUCCGACCCCAAGCACACCGAGCCCCAUCCCCAGCACAACAGCGCCCACUACCAACACCCCCACUCCUUCGCCAAUCACACCCAGCCCUACGCCGAGUACACCGAGCCCAAAGCCAAGUACACCGGCUCCCAGCCCCACUACACCGAGCCCUACUUCGACAAGCGCAACAGUCCCGUGUACAAGCCCCUUACAGCCCCAAGCAUCACUCAGAAGGAGAGUGCUGGUGGUAUUAUCCAGAGUAUUCAAGGAGACGGCUAUUGUGGUCUGUCAGACACCGUACCCGCGGAUAUCCCACCAGAGUAUUUCGACGUCUCUUAUGCCAUCGACUUUUACGGGAGAAAUGUCGAUGAUGCCGCGCCAGGGGAGGUUUUCAGCUACACAGUGAAGGUGUCGGGGCCCUAUUUCGAGGCUCUUCUCGAGGUGAACUCGGUGACAAAUGUUAUCACGUUCCAAGUGGAGGGGGCUACGGUCCAGAUCGAUGCCACUACCGGCGAUAUCCUGGAUCAACGCGACGCACCGGCAUCGGCUGAAAGCGGCGGACGCAAAUUGCUGGCUGAGAGCAAAGAACUUUCGCCACCCUGCGCAAAGAGGGAGGCAACAUGCACCGGGGUGACGUCGUUCCAGACAGCGACGCUUUGCCAGGGUAUCACUAAGACGUCUCUCUUGAAAACGGCCUGCGCCAAGGUUGCAAGCUUCUUUCGAUCGAGAGUGCCGAAGUUGCCCCCGACAAUCCUGGAUAACUUGUGCAGCUUUUUGGUGGACACAACAAAAAAAGGAUGUGAGAAAGCAAUCGACUGUGAGACGUACGGGCUAGGGACUUGUUGCAACUUUACACAUUCAUGUGCCGACUUCGAUUUCACAUUCUCGGGGUCCUUCGACCAGUGCUUGAUUGAUUGCGUACAGAUUGCCACUGAUUGCUGCACAAGCGUCCCACUGCCUCCUGUCGCGGUUCAGAUAUGCAUUAACAUCAACUACAGUGCUUGUACACCUGAAUGCGUUUGUUAA